AUGGAGCGAGGUGCCAGAACAAUCGCACGACGUGGUGGAAUUGACCGACCACGUCGUGGCUCAACGCAUUUACCACCAGACGUAUCUGGCGGCCGCGGAAGUCAGCCAUCAACUCGCGGAAGAACUCCGUCCGCGGAACACAAAGGCUUUGCAAGAUAUCCGGUUCCGCGACGAGUGACAUCAUUGGGCGAUUAUAUCAGUGAUCCAAAUUUGCUACGAGGACAAGGAACUAAGUGGACUCAGCAUGAUCUCACUUACUAUAAAACGGGUUCGCAAGGGCACUAUGCCAAAUCACUUCUGUCUCCAGCGCAGAAACCUGAGAAAAAAGGUCGCUCGCCUUCGCCGGAAGUCGCAGCGAGCGGAGCGGGAGGUAAAGUUCCCGAAGCUCAAGCUACAGUCAGCAGUGCUGUUGGUGGUAGUGGCAAAGGCAAAGCCGAGGAAGCAAGUGGCUCAGCUGCAGCGAGUGCACCAGGUACACGUUCUUGGGCAGAUAUUGCGAAAAAGCGGCUGCCUACAGAAGUAUCCGGAGGCGCCCAAUCUGCCCGUGAUUUGUCGUCAGAGCAUCGUGCAGCAGCAACAGCAGCAGCUAAAGAACCGCAGCAGCAGCAGCAGCGCCCAACAACUGCUGCAGUCUCUUCAGUUUCUGGAAGUGGAGAAAGUGCGAAAUUGCAGAAACGUAGUGGCCAGCAGGGGGCUGUGAACAUUGAUGCCGAAAGUACUGACCCGGCGGUGCGAGGCUACUCGUUCUUUUUCGAUCCGAACGAGCCAACCGGAACAUCUGUCGGAGGACAGCAGCCGAAAACUGAUGCUCCUGCUGCUGGGUCAGAACAACAAAGUGCAGCGCCGGCUGCUCAACGCCCCAAGGUACGGAUGACAGUGCAUAUCUGGAUUUUUUCUCCCCGCACCAAAAUGGGGUGUUAA